AUGCCGGAGAACAGAGCUCUAUUCUAUAACAGCGUGCCCGAAGGGCUGCCUGUCGUAGGAAAGGAUCUCAACAUUCAAUCCGUCCCCUACCCCGAAGAAGCUCCCGAGAACGGCAUCGUCGUGAAGAAUCUGUACGGCAGUUUCGACCCGUACCUACGGGGUCGCAUGCGCUCACCCGAAAUCAAAUCAUAUGUACCCGCCUUUGAACUCAACAAGCCCAUCGUCAACACUCAAAUCGCCCAAGUCAUCAAGUCCAAGAAUGCAAACUUCAAAGAAGGCGACCAAGUCGUUGGCAUACUCCCGUUCCAGGAAUACAUUGCCCUAAACGGCGAUCAGGUCGCGGGUAUCAAACACCUACAGAACCCGUUGGGUCUCGACGAUAUUCGUUACUUCCUCGGAGCCUUGGGUAUGCCCGGUCUCACGGCAUAUUCAUCCCUGUACGAGAUCGGUAAACCGAAGAAGGGAGAUACAAUCUUUGUCUCCGCUGCGAGCGGCGCUGUAGGACAGCUAGUGGGUCAACUUGCCAAACACGAAGGGCUCAAAGUCAUUGGUAGCGUUGGCUCCGAUGAGAAACUGAACUUCAUCCUUAAAGAUUUGGGAUUCGAUGCUGGAUUCAAUUACAAGAAAGAAAGUCCCUCGCAGGCUCUGAAGCGAUUGGCACCUGAAGGGUUAGACAUUUACUUUGAAAACGUCGGCGGAGACCAUCUUGCGGCUGCUCUUGACGCAAUGAAGGAUUACGGACGUGUUAUUGUCUGCGGUCUGAUUGCGGGAUACAACCAAAAGCCCGAGGAGAUCUACCCGCUGCGGAAUUAUGGAAAUAUCCUGUGGAAGCGGUUGACUGUGCGUGGUUUCGUGGUUGGUGAUAAAGGAAUGGGUGACAAGUACGCCGAUGAGCAUCGAGAGCGUGUGUCGAAAUGGAUCAAGGAGGGUACUUUUAAAGCUGUGACCUGGGAGGUUGAGGGUAUUGAGCAGGCUGGUGAUGGGUUGUUGGCUCUUUUCCAUGGUCAUAAUUUUGGCAAGGCUGUAUUGAAGUAUUAA